UAGUUCUGAUCAGGGAACCAGCAACAAGAUGUUGAAACUAUUAACGCUCUUUGCUCUUGCCAUAGGAAUCACAGCAAGGCCAGGCGAGAUGAGAGACAUACCUGGAGUAAGCGCGGCCAAUAUGGAAAGACUGCGUCAAAUGAUGAACCCUCGCCCGAAUGGGCGCGAAGAGUUCAAACAGAGAAUGCAAGAGUGGGAAAACAGCUUACCAGCAGCUGAAAGGACAGCAGUGCAAACUCACAGAAAACAGAUGCAUGAA